AUGACCUUGUGGCAAUCAAGCAUACCUCAACAGGAUCCAGAUUUAAAGCUGAAACCUAGAUUCCUCAAUCUUUACAAAAUAACUAGUGUUAAUGAACAUGAAAAUGAAAAUAUCGUGUCCAGUAGAACAUUACCAUGGACAAUACCAAUGGCUUUGUCAAUGUCAUUGAAGAAAAAUAACAAGAAACCUAUAAGACGACACGAAGAACACUAUGAUGAAAAAGGCAAAGACACAAAGAUUUCAAAGAUCUUUCAGUUGGCAGUAACUGCAUUAUCUUUUUUGGCAUUCGGUGGUUAUCUCCUUACACUCAUAAUUACAGCAAUUCGUCGCAAUAAUGGAAAUGGAAACGGAAAUGUCGUCAUAUUUUCAAAUCUACAAAGUCUACAAAAAUUAAACCGCCCCAAACGAAAUAUUUUAAUAUUCGAUCCGAUGGAAAAUAACUUCGAAACAGACAAACUCUAUGAAGGAAUGAUUAUGCUUUCGAGAAGUUAUGCUUUAUACAAUUGA